AUGAAAAAUCGUUAUGAGGAUUUAUAUGAAACGAAAAACUCAUUAUUAGGAUAGGGGGCUUUUGCUUAAGUCUUUUUAGGUGUUAAAAAGUCUAAUAAUUAAAAAGUUGCUGUGAAAAUUAGUAAUCGAAAUCUAGCUAUUUCUUAAUAAGAGAAAAUGAUUCUUGAAUAACUCUCAUAAAAUAGACAUUAAAAUGUAGUACAACUUUUGGAUAUAUUUGAUUAAACAGAAGCAUUAUUUAUAGUUCAAGAAUAUUGCUAAGGAGGUACCUUAUAUGAAAUGAUGAUAACUAAAACUUUUUCUGAAGAAUAAAUUGUUAACAUUGCUUUAUAAGUUGCUUAGGGCAUCGCUUUUUUACAUAGUAAAAACAUAGUUCAUAGAGACAUAAAACCAGAAAAUAUUCUUAGGUAAUUUGAUGAAUAAGGUAUGGAAGUCUACAAAAUUACUGAUUUUGGAUUAAGCAGUUUAAAAUUAGAUAGAAUGACUACUACUAAAGUUGGAACUGCCUAUUAUGUUGCUCCAGAAAUUCUAGAUAAAUAAUAAUAUGACAAAUCUGUUGAUAUUUGGGCCUUUGGCUUAAUUGUAGAUGAAUUACUUCAUAAAACCCCUUUUUAUAAUGGUAAAUCUGAAGAAGAAGUAUUUUUUAAAAUUAAAACUACCAAUUACAUUAUUAGAGAUUAAUAAUAUGCAUAAGCUACUAUUUUCGAUCAUAAAAAAAAUGUUAUUAAAACUUUACUAUUAAAUUCAGUCUAAAAAGACCCUAAAUUAAGAAAGGAUCUCAAAUGGAUUAUUUAAACUCUUACUGAAUACUAUCUCCAAAGUCCAAAUAGUUUUGAUAUAAAAUAAAAUAAUAACAAUUAUAGAUAUCUUUUUACAGAAAACUCACUUAUUUCGCAAUCAUCUCUAUGUGAAUAAACACAAAACUUUUAACUACCUACCUAUUCUAAUGACUCUUAAUCUUAAAUUGAAGACUGUCCUUUACAUCAUCAACCUAUUCGAUUCAGAAUGCCAGGGAUUAAUGAUAAUGCAGUCACUAAUGCAUGUAAAAAAUGUUUAUAAAUGUAUGGUGUUUUUGAACAAUAAGAAUUUCAAUCCUAUUUAUCUUAAACCAACUUUGAAUUAAGUUCCUUUACAGUAGAUUAAUAUUUUUCUUAAAAUGAAAUCAUCAUAGAGGCAUUAAGCUAUCUAAAUGAAUAUAAAUUAUUUUAAGAAAAAGAAAAACUUGUCUAAGAAUUAAGAAGCAUUGUUAUUAAACAUCAUAGAAUUUUAAGAUAAGAAUAUAUUUAAUAUUAAGAUGAUGUUAAAUCAAUGAACAUUAAUGCUAAAUGGAUUAAUGAAGCAUUGAAAUUAAACAUCACUAUUUCUCAAGAUUUUUCAAAUAAAAUCAUUUCUUUCAUAAUCUCAAAGUGUUAAGAAAGAAAAGAAAUUUCACUUUAAGAAUGUAGAUAAUUUAUUAAAGAAUAACUUUAAGUGCUGUAAUCAUAAAUUGAGUCUAUGUUAAGAAAUUGUAUUAUUGAUAUAUGA